AUGGAUCCCAACAAUAACCCUUUUAACACCCAAAAUUCUACUAAUUAUCCUUUCAACUAUAUAUUUCAAAAUCAAUCUUCCAACAAACAAGGUCCCCAAAAUAUACCAAAUUAUGGAUUUCCUCCGAAUUUCAUAAUGUCGUCAUCUAAUCCAAGUUAUCGCCCAUAUUAUGGAAUGAUGCCAUAUUCAUCUCAAACACCCCCUGAUUAUUCUUCUACUCCGAUGAGAAAUGAAAAUAUUUCGAAUGUUGGAGUUGAUGAAUUUCCUGAGUUUUCUACACAAAUGGAUAUUGGUGCCAUGAGAGGUGGUCAAGGAGCCACUCCAAAUGCAGAUGAUUCAACUCCUAUACGCCGGAAAAGCCCCAAAUGGACCACUGAUCAAAAUUUGGUUCUAAUUAGUGGGUGGAUUAAAUAUGGAACAGAUAGUGUUGUUGGGAGAAACCAAAAAAGUGAUUCAUAUUGGGGGAAAAUUGCUGAUUAUUGUAAUGAGCAUUGCUCAUUUGAUCCUCCCCGUGAUGGAGCUGCAUGCAGAAAUCAUUACAACUACAUGAGCAGAAUACUCAAUAAAUGGAUUGGCGCUUAUGAUAAUGCUAAACGUAUGCAACAAAGCGGGUGGUCGGAGAAUGAUGUAUUGGCAAAAGCGCAUGAAUUAUAUUCAAGUGGUAAGAGUGGACAUUUUCUUUUAAUGUCAGAAUGGCUUGCUGUCCAUGAUCAACCACGUUACGGUAGUCAGGUAGGAGGAAAUACUGGAUCUGGAAGUAGUGGAUCUAAGAGAGUCCAUGAGAGUGAUGUAAGUGAUUCCAACUCUGUUGGAUCAAGUGCUCGCCCAAUGGGGAGGGAUGCAGCUAAAAAAAAGGGUAAAAAAAAAAGCAAGGGCGCAACCUUGGAAUCGGUCAAUGAAGAGUGGAAUGAAUUCAAACAAUUUAAGGAGAAAGAGUUGGAACGAUUGGACAAAAUAGCCAUGAGGCAAGAGGAGGCUAACCAAUUGUUGAAAGAAAAUACUGAGGCUAAGAAGAUGAAGAUGUUUAUGAAGCUAAGUUCAAAGGAGCAUCUCGAUGACCGAAGCAAAGAGUUGUUGGAAAAGUUAGGCCGCGAUCUAUUUGGAAAUUAAGUGUUGUCAAGUCGUUAUUUGUAGUUUGUAUUUUGAUUUCUAUGUUGUCACAAUAUUUGGUCUUCCUAUUUUGUCAAGUCGUUAUUUGUAGUUUGUAUUUUGAUUUCUAUGUUGUCACAAUAUUUGGUCUUCCUAUUUUGUCAAGUCGUUAUUUGUAGUUUGUAUUUUGAUUUCUAUGUUGUCACAUUAUUUGGUCUUCCUAUUUUGUCAAGUCGUUAUUUGUAGUUUGUAUUUUGAU